CGCAUUUUUUGCCUUGUUGGAAGGUAGUUUCAGGAGGAAGCGCUGUGACUGUAGCAGCGAAGAAACGCUGAGUAGAAAAAAACCCACAAGACACCCGGACGCUCUCACUCGAAUGGUAUUUUGUCUCCUGUCGUCGAGCGAUGUCAGUCACUGAGGACCUUCCAGACAUGGAUGGAACAGACCUGUUGGGGCUGCUGUUCCACAGUGGAGAGGACUGGUCUGCUGAGCCUCUCUUUCCUGAUGAGAACGGGCUCAUCGAAUCCUGGCUGUCUGAACAAGAUAUGCUGACAGGUAUGGAUACUGAAGAAUUUCUCUCCAGCUUGUUAGAGGGAGAGGACAAGAUGGAGGCCAUCUGUCCUUCUCAUUCUCCCUUGGGCAGCGACAGCGGCAUUUCUGAUGACAGCAGCACUGGAGUUGGAAACAACAACCAUCUGGGAUGCCCGAGUCCCCAGUGCAGCGAUAGUGACGUUGUGCCCAGUCCCAGCUACUCCCAGCCCAGCCCGGAGCACACAGACCCUGCCCUGGCCACUGGAGACUUGCAGGCAGAGAGCCUGGAGGCCUUAACAGUCCAUGCAGAUCACAGCUACUCCCUGCUGCAAAGUGGAGGCAGGGACAUGGAUAUCUUACAGAGUGUGAGGGCAGAGAAGCCAGAUACAGAUGUCUUCAUUGAUUUGGACGACUUGGUGAGUGAGGACAUGGAGGAGGACGACACCAGUGAGCUGCCCUGCACUUUGUCCAUAGAGGACUCAACACAGGAACCCAACAAAACAGACCAGUUUCAGUUUAAAGAGAUUGUGCUCACUGAGGAGGAGAAGCGGCUUUUGACGAAAGAGGGAGCAACUAUUCCCACACACAUGCCUCUCACAAAGGCAGAAGAGAGGACCUUGAAGAGGGUCAGGAGGAAGAUCCGCAACAAGCAAUCUGCUCAGGAGAGCCGCAAGAAGAAGAAGGUGUAUGUUGAUGGACUGGAAAACAGGGUUGCCAUCUGUACCGCACACAACCUGGAACUACAGAAGAAAGUCCAAAUGCUUCAUAAACAGAACAUUUCCUUGAUAGAGCAACUGAGGAAGCUUCAGGCAAUGGUGAAGAUGUCGACCAUGAAGGCCAGCACAACCAGCACAUGUGUUAUGGUGUUCCUGCUCUCUUUCUGUCUCAUCAUCUUCCCGUCAGUCAAUCCAUUUGGCCGAAACGCAGAAGAGAAGGAGCUCUACACACCCUCUUCGAGCAUCUCCCGGGCCUUGCGCUCAGUGCCACCAGGAAGCUCUGAUGCCAUCUCCUACCUUGAGCCUAAAGAUACGGAGAUCCUCUUAGUGCACCAAGCGGAGGUGGAGAACGUUAAAGCCAUCUUUGCCGGCGGUCAGAAGAAUCACACCCCUGACUACCAGAGGGUGGAGCAGCCUGAUUCAGAAACAGGAGUGAAUAGCAACUCCUCUGCAGACUUCCCCAGUCCCACUCAGGCUACAGAGAUGACGCCGGGGCCGGCUGGCGGAGUAGCGGCCUUACAGGAAGGGUCCAUUGAUGCUGCAGUGGCGUAUGAGGUCACAGGAUCCAAGGAUAACUGGAUAGACCAGAACCCCCCGUCUGUCAUAUUACAACAGCACCGCUCAGAUGAAAUGUAGUAGGGAGGUGUUGAACAAUAUGAUCAGCAGAGGGAGCCAUAUUCCCAAUGUUUUAGGUAGGUAAGUUAAACAAGGAAGGAGGGAAAAUAUCAGUAAUUAUUAAGAUAUAUGAUCAAUCUGUCUGUACCUUCUUUCACCUCUAACGGCCAUCUGAUGUACUACUGUUACUUUAUUGCACUUUGUUCAGAUUUCCUUGUUCCAGUGGGCAAAAAAAAACUGGAGAGCAAUUUCCAUAUUUCAGCAGUGUAAACUGCCAAAAGAUUGGGACAUUGCGGUGAUAAUAUACACGCCUGUGUUGCUGGAGGCCACACUCUACUUCGGUAGCACUGAGGGCUCUCAUCUUAUUGUACAAAGUGGUGUUAACGACCAAAAUUUGUACGUUUGUGGGCACCGACGCAGUAAAAAUUAUUAUGAACCAGCAGUAGAUUACUUCAAGGUAAGUAUUACAUGAUGCAAUUAUUAUUUAUCGCCAAAUUCUAGGGAGAGCUUCGUCUGACUCUAGUCUGUCUGAUCACCUCCAGCAGAUCUGGAGGUUCACGUUAGCUCCUCAUCAAUGACUCUCCCAUAGUAAAUUAUUGUGAAAAGAAGUAGUCUUCAGCAGACUAGCCAGAAGCAUCCAUUGCAUUGUAAAAGAUAGGCUGCUUGUUUCCCAUAAAGCUUGAUCAAAGUGGUUGACACAAAUGCUUAAGCCAUUGCAGGACAUUUGGCCAUUUAGAAGACUUGUAAAGUUUGGUAGUAUUUCCCUUGUAACAAGGGUAUUCAUGCUCCUUUUUAAUUUUGGAAUGCUUUGUUUUUACGUUGUACAGUAAAGCAAGAAAAAAUGUCUGCUAAAUAUAGAACAAGACACCCUUGACUUUGUCAUUGUUAGCCAACCCAAGUCUACCCCUGCAAAUUCCUCUUUUUCAUUUCCUCGGGACAGUCUGAAAUACUUUAGCACAUAUGUGCACAGAAUACGGGGUUUGAUAUAUUUGCUCAGUAAACCGUGUUGCAGUAAAAAUAUACUCAAAAAUGUAAUGACCUGUUUUGUCAGUGAGGCAUAUUUUUUGUGUAUUUUAUUAUGUUACUGUUAGUAAUAAAUGGAAUCUAAAUGGUAUUGGAACUGCUUUUUGUUAUAAUCGACAGUCAGUGAGAUUUUAAAUGUUGAUCAUGUUGAACAAAUGCACUGACAUUUGACGUAGUCCAAGAAGGGAAUGUAAAUAUGCUUAAAUGAUUGUAGCUCUUAUGUACAUUUGAACUCUGUAUGUAUAAGACAUGUCUGGACCUCCUAUAAUAAUAAACUUUUUAUAAAUCA